GGUUAUUCAGCAUCUCCUCCUUCUCCGAGUCCAUAUUCCCUUCAGUUUUCCAUGUAUUCCUCCGGCCGUAGGCCUCUUCCUACACCCCCAUCUAAGGGCUUUAACAAAUAUUCAAAUUACCCUUUAGGACGGCCCACAGAUCUAUAUCCUACCAACCCCUAUUACUCUUCUCAUGCUCCAGAUAAUGCUUACGAUCAGCCAUCUUCCUCUGCUUUGCCUGCUGGAACUUUACUUCACAAGGGCUUCUACGAUCUUCUCUCUAUGAUUCCUACUCCAUCACCUUCCCGUUUACUCUGGAACAAUUCUCAAGCACCAGUGGAAACUGUCGUCGCCGGUCCGCGCUAUGAAGAUAUGGCCCCUGCAGGCGCUAUCUCAGGAGGGCCGUCUUAUCCUGCUUCUACGCCCCUCAGUCUCGUACCGAGGAAAGGACGAAGGAUCAGUAAAGAUAUGGUUUCAAACCCGACUGGUUUUGUUCAUCUGGUGCAUGCCUCAGACGCGGAUCAGGCGGAAGCUCUGUUGACCCGAUGGGGUCCAGACGGUCUAGGGAAGCUUGGAGAUCCCCGUUGGGCUAACCCAAUUAAAAAUCGAAUCCGCCAGAAUAAUGAGGCCCGCGCAUUAAAUCAACCUAUCACUCCUUCCCACCCUACUGAAGCGACUCCGAUGGACGCCGGCAUUCUAGGUCCUCUCCGGGUUGUUAACGGUAUCAGUGCAACCACCACCUCCACUUUGACUACCGCCGCCAGAGAAAACUUCAGCACCAGACCAAUAUCCAUCGCGGAUGGUCUACCAGGGCGGCCCGGUAACUCCACCAUCCGCUGGGGCGGGGGCCUCAAGCAACAACAACCUGUGAUCCAAGAGCAUGAAGAUCAAGAACAGGGAACAUCCAAUGCAAAUCAGAUACCUAUCCAGGACAUUGUUCGACAAGUCACACCAAUUAUACCAUCUUUAGCCACCCUGGAGAAGGCGGUUUCGGCCAGAAUCUAUUUUGAAAAUCUAUACUUUCCCCUUUUUCGCCAUGCUCCUUCCAGAGAACAAAGGAGGCUAGCAAUGGAACGGGACAUGGAGGAGAUGCAACUCGGUCAUGCUCAUCGGGAAGGACUUCGAGAACGCUGGAGGCAGAAUGAGACUGAUUAUCUCCGCGAAAAGAGACGCAAAGUUGAUGUUUCCGCGUUUACUAUCCUCAAGACGAUCGGACAUGGCGCUUUUGGUGUCGUCUCUCUCGUAAGGGAACAAACGACCGGCCAACUUUAUGCGAUGAAACAACUACGCAAGGUAGACAUGCUCCGCAAAGGCCAGGAAGGCCAUGUCAGAGCAGAACGCGAUAUCCUUAAGUCGGCUUCACUAGUUUCUUCUCCCGGCGGAGCAGAGUGGAUUGUCAAGCUGUAUUACAGUUUCCAGGACCGUGAUAAUCUGUACUUGGUUCUGGAAUAUAUGGGUGGUGGAGAUCUCUUGAACCUACUGAUAGAAAGAGAUGUCUUUGAUGAAGAAUUCACUCGAUUCUAUAUAGCGGAAAUGGUACUUGCUAUUGAAUCGUGCCACAGACAUGGGUUCAUUCACCGUGAUAUUAAGCCGGACAAUUUCCUUUUUGACCCAGAAGGGCACAUCAAACUUAGCGACUUCGGUCUUGCGACCGAUCUCCAUUGGGCGCACGAUACUUCAUACUACGAACAACAGCGACUUCAUCUAUUACAUAAGCACGGCAUAGACUUGGAAGACAGCAACGGAAUUGCUGACGACAAACGAACGAGGCGCAUGGACCGCAAGGAAGUGGAGAAACUGAUGGGUGAUGGUGAUGGGUCGGGCGGAUUAUUUACUUGGAGGGAGAAGAAUCGAAGAAAGCUGGCAUACUCCGUAUGCGGAACAAAUUCCUACAUGUCUCCCGAGGUAAUCCGCGGCAACGGUUAUUCUUAUUCUUGCGAUUGGUGGAGCCUAGGAGUCAUUAUGUUUGAGUGUCUUUACGGCUUUCCCCCUUUCGUCAGCAACUCGGUGGGCCUCCUUCCGCUUUUUUGUUGGCCAUAUGCAUACCGAGUUACUGACAACAUCUCGGUACCCUUACAGCGACACCAAACUAGAACGAAAAUAUUGAAUUGGAAACAAUCGUUGAGGUUCCCCUCCGAACGUCAAGUGUCGCGGGACGGGGUGAAUUUGAUACAACAACUACUAUGUGAACCUGAAGACCGACUAGGCUCUCAAGGGGCAGUAUCUCGACUCCCUUCGUCUUUCCACUCACCUAGAAGGAGCGCUUUCCUACCAGGUCCAGAACCUGUCGGCGUAGAUGGUGCACAUCUCAUCAAAGCACAUCCUUGGUUCAGGGGAAUCGAUUGGGCAAGUAUUCACCGCUACUCCGCCCCAUAUCGUCCGGAGCUUCGCCAUCCAGAAGACACCCGUCAUUUCGAUUCUGAUAUCCCAGCAGAGCCAUUGGCACCUGCUAACGGAGCACCACCAGAAGCAACGAGAGAUCUAAUGCUCAAGGACAAAGUGCACGGGCAAGAAAUUCUUGCUGUACGCAAGGCACUGGCGUUUGCGGGAUUCACUCAUAAAAGCCCAAGGCCGCUCAAUUAUGCGCGAGCAGACCUUACUUUUGAGCGGGAACAAGAUGCCGAUCAACAGAAGACCAUACGGGGACGGUCCAAAAUACGUGUGUCUCGAGAAACUGGCAGAGGCCGUGCCAUUUCAAUGUAAUCAUGCCCGAUAUGAACGAGUGGACCAAUCCCGAUUGCGCUGCACACUGUGGAGACCUGUCGCGUGUGGCCGAUUUACACGAUCUAGUCAAUGUCUGUCGCUGAGGUUUCGCCUUCAUUCUUUUUUUGUCCGAAAUUAUAUGUUCUUGUUUUUGUUCAUCGAUUCAUCCCAUAUUGUCUGACUCGAUCUUGGGAUCUACUUAAUAUAUUGCUGUUUUUACUACACCCGUUUCGCCUUUUCUUUCCUACGUUCAUGUAUCGUUUCAUCUGUCAGUGUUUCCAUUUGUCAUUAUCGGAUAAUCUGUUUUGUAUUUCAGGUUGAAUGUAUGUUGCUACUUCAUCUC